CUCGGGUGGAGAAGCUGGCUGAGAUGGAUAUGGAUCUUAUCGAUACUCAGCUGUCGCUUGAGCAUGAGCGUGCCAUUGCGAGGGCCCUCAAGCGUGUGCCAGGAGUGAUCAGAGACGUUGGCAUUUUGACCCGCGCCGACAAAAUCUCGGCUAAGCUGGUCCUGUUGCAUGACGGCUCCUUCGUGGGUGUGAGCAAUGAGCAGACGAACUCUCUGAUGGUACUGAUUCUUUUGGUUGAACUCCAGGCGAUGGCAAGUUUUUAAAAGUUGCUAAGUUCUAGCAUUUUUGAACUGAUCUCGUUGUGGCUUGCUAUUUAGAUUUUAUUUUUGACCGUAGUCAUUUUGGUUGAUUUUAGGGCACAAGUGAACUCUUCACCCACUGGUAUAAGGGUUUCAAAGAUCAUCACCACCCACACACCAGACCCACUUGUUCGACCGUUAUUCUGCCAUCUCGGACGAGCAGAAUGCGUGCCGUGCGCUUGCUGGUCUGAUCCACAUGAUGCCUCUUCUCCCCGAUGCCAACGCUAAGGUGCUAUGCGAAGUGGCGGCGGCCCACACGUAUGUGGAAGGCGCAGCGAAAGCACGCAAAGGUGAGCGUGUCGCGAAGUGCAAGACUUUGGCGGUCAUGAAUACGUGGAAUCAAGGAAAAGGGAGAGCUUAUUGUCUACAGGCAAGCAGCUAUUUGAAGCAACUGGCUGCGAGUUGUGAUCUCAUGCAGCAAGCGACUUGGCGUCGCCGCGUUGAGGUCCUGUACAACCAGCUGCUGCCGUUGAUCAACG